AGAACUUUAUUUAAAUGAAAUCAGUAAACAUAAAACAACAUAAUGAAUAAAACAACAGCCAAGCAAAGCAGCCAGAGGUGAUAAUUAGAUGCAGACGCACAUAUUGAAAUUGUCCUUAUUUUCAUUUGUAGAGUCUGUUAUUGAUAUUUAGUUCCAUAUCUUAAUGAAAAGAGAAACAAGGUGUUUUAUUAGCAAAUCUGCAUUUAUGAAUAUAAAAUUUAGCAAAGAUUAUUAGCAGGUUUAUUAUAAAGAAACGUUUAGCAUCCUCUCUAUGGAAUCUGUAGAAACAGAAUAAAACAUUCAUAAGGAAAAGUUCUGUAAAAUAAUAAACCUGCUGACCAGAAGAGACGGUCAGUUUCUGGAUGGCCUCUCAGAAACUGCAUUUCGUGUUUAUGUCUCUUAAUGUGACCAUAUUGAUCUUAGCGGGUCAAUUUUAUGGAGAAUUUUAACCGGAAACAAAAAUCUGGUCCUGAUCGGCGGCUGCUGCCCCCUACAGGUCAAGCAUCAAACAGCACCUUGGAGUUUCCAUUGUGUUUAAUAUCCAGCGUGUCUGUGCGGCUCCCCGCAGGUCCCGCAGGUCCCGCGGCGUCCAGAGGAAACAUGGCCUCCAUCAGAGAGCGAGCUGCGGCCCUGAAGCUGCGGGCUUUUUCUCCUGCAGCUGCGGGAGUGAGAACAGCGCAGGCGUCCUCCAUCUGGACCGACCUCAUCGCCCACCUGAGGUCAAAGGUGACGGUGAAGCGCCGACUGGUCCAGUUCAAGGCCCACAGCGACUGCUUCGUCGGCUCCGAGGCCGUGGACGUCCUGCUGCAGCGCGCCGCUAACGCUACCGGCCUGCAGGGUGGCGCCGUGUCCAGAGCGCAGGUGGUGUGUGUGUGCCAGGCUCUGCUGCAGAGCGGUGCGUUUGAGGCCGUGGGAGCCGGAGACAGGAGGCAGGAUGCGUUCAAGGACAGUGGGAGCACUCUGUACCGGUUCACGGAGUGGCGCCGUCCCGCCGUGGAGGAGCUGGAGCGCCACGCCGCUCUGGUCCAGCGGCUCUUCCUCGGCGCUCCUCCUCGGCCUGAAGAGCCGGUCGGGCCGGUGGGCGGUCCCAGCAGGGGGCGCCAGACGGACGCAGCUCUGCCUCAGUCCUUGGUCAACGAGGUGUGGCAGGAGCAGACGCUGCUCAGGCUGCUCAGCCUGGUGGAGCUCCCCCUGCUGGAAGGAGUCCUGCAGUGCAGCCAGAGCCCGACCUCUGACCCCUCAGCCGACCUGCUGCCUCACCGUAACCCUGACCUGAUCAGCAACAGCCUGGACAGACGGAUCCUCCAGGCCCUCAGGGACUCCCAGGAAGACGAGUGGCUGUCCAGCGCUUUGGACUGUCUGGACUUCUUGCCUGACCAGCAGGUGGCGGAGCUGAGCAGAGAGCUGCCGCGCCGUUUCCCCCCAGAGAGCAGUGACCCAGAACCACCACACGGGGGCGCCGUUCAAGAUGGAGGACCCAGCAGUGAUGACGAUCUGCCGCCUCGGCCUCUGACCCCGUGGCGGCUGCUGCUGUUCGGCUCUCUGGUCAGGCACUACGGCAGCCGGCCGCCUCUGCUGCCUCCCAACAUGGCGGCCGUGUACGCGGCUGUGGCUGCGCUGCUGGAAAACGGCCAGAUGGAAAAGGCGCUGGAGGCUCUGCAGCUGUGUCUGAAGCUGCUGCCCCCUGGCUGCCGGGAGGAGCUGCGCAGGCUGCUGACCUUCAUGGCUGCUGCGGCUGGACCGCGAGCGCCGAAGCUGGACAAGGAGGCGGAGAACAGAGCGGCGGUGAUGAAGGCGUUCUCCAAGGCCGUUCUUCACAGCAGGAGCUUCCCCAAGGAGAAGCAGGACUUGAUGCUCAACUUCCUGCUCAGCAACAGACAGGAAGUCUUUAAGAUUCCAGGAUUUCUGCACAAAACCAUCAGUGAGAAGCUGGCGGGGCUCGCUCAGACCGAUGGUCCAGCCCCUCCUCCCGGUCCGCCGGCCUCCAUCCAGGCUGCGGCUGACGCAGCGAAGCUGGGCACCCAGCAGGCUCUGCUGGAGCUGCUGAGCAGCAUCGACCUGGACCGCAGCAUGGCGGCGAAGGAGCGGAGGCGUCUGCUCAGGCAGUUCUGCUCCGCCCAUCCAGAGAUCUUCCACCAGUACUUUGGCGACUCCGCCGCCUCUCAGAUCUAGUCAAACUUUGAUUUCCUGCUUUUGAACCGUUUCUGGAUCCUUUCAGUGUUUUCUAUGCAGUUUCUGCUUCCUGGAUUUCCCAUGCAUGUUUGCUUGUUGACUUGCUUUAUUUUCUAAGAUUAUUAAAUAAACCUUAUUGAUUUCCAC